AUGCACCAAAUUUCCAGAACACCAGCCUCUUCAUUCAAACCCAGAUUGUCAAUGAUUCGUCAUACGCAGCAACCCCAACCCCAACAACAUCCUGUACGGACCACCUCGUCUUUUAGAGUACACUUACAAGAAGCUCGAUCAUACAUUGCUCGUCGACGUGCGUGGCUUCUGGGCAUUGGCUGUUUCUUUCUUGCGAUCACAUUAUGUGGACUCCUGUUCACGGUUCAUAUGUACUAUAUCAGGGAUGGCGGCACUGGUUGGCUUAAGAGAUCGGAAACUUCAGGCGGAAUGGAUAGUGGCACGAUGGCUUUCAUGCCAUUGCGAAAGACUGAACAUAAUGGCCUGAUUGAGAGGUCGCCAGGUAUUAUACCUUACUACGAGUGUGGUGACCAAAUGAAGAGCUGUGAAGCAUUCAAUCAGCCUGUGAGCAUCGUGUCAGCUCACAAUUUAUCAUGCGAGCUAACAGGAAUCAGCAUAUUUGUUGCCCAGUUGGAACUCAUUGUUUUGAAGCUCAGUUUACGCCAUCCAUGAUUGUGUGUUGUCGUUCGUUCUCCUUCUCUCACUGCGAUUACUCUGCGUCUAAGCCGCCGACUUGCAUAAGCGGUACAAUACAGUGUUCAGCGGAUACCGGGGGUGGAUGCUGCCCAGUCGGAACGGUAUGCUCUCCCAACGGCUGCAUUCAAGUAUUAAGUCCCUCUACUGUGGGCACGCUGGCAACAUCCUCGUCGGCAGUGCCAGGUUCUGUCUUCCCUGGGUCAUCUUCGCAGAUGCUUCCGAGUCAGGCGGGCAAUCCCUCGACAUCCCCUAUAACCAAGACAAUUACAGAGGCACCAGCUGCAACCGUCACAAAAGUAAAGCAAGGAGAAGUGGCUACAGCAGGUGUAGCAAAGAAGGUUUCCAUGAUGUAUACACUGUAUCUCCCAUACUUGGCCGCCUGGACACUUGUCUGCGUUGCGGCGAUUAUGGGAAUGCUUUGA